AUGUCGAAAAAGCAAGAAAACUUAUCACAUGAGGAGGUGUGGGAUGACUCUGCCCUCAUUAAUUCAUGGAAUGAGGCCUUGCAGGAGUACAAAAAAUAUCACAGCAUACACGCAAAAGGUGGAAGUGUACGAGAUCUCGAGCCUCAAAACAAGGCCAAGAUUGAGACAGAGCCCGAGUCUGAACAACCUCAAGUGUCAGAAACAGCGGAAAGCGUUUUGACUUCAGAAAAGGCGGAGGAAAAUAAGGUACGAACCCUUGUGCUAGUUACCUGCUUUACCCGGAUCUCAUCUCUCCGUCACGGAACGAAGCCAAGGAGCCUACACCGUCGCAAUCUCAAGGUGUCCCUGCCUUUCCGAUACAGACUGUCCUUGGUUCUGUACAAGACGAAAGCCUCAAGAAACUCCUCAUGUCUUGGUAUUAUGCUGGCUACUACACAGGGUUGUAUGAAGGUCAACAACAAGCUCAACAGAAGCACGCGUCUUAAGCGAAGAAACAACGGUAUAAGCAUAUUACCCUUGAAACACGGAAGGGCGGUAGCCAUCAACCAACGUGGCUGUGAGCGCCAUGAGUUUGGACAUGGGUUCUCGGUCGGCCAGCUGCCGUUGAUGCGACGACACAAGAUUGAGAUUGCCAUUUUCUCGGGAGUACGUGCAUGA